AGGAGAGGGAAGGGCUGGGGGCAGAACAGACGGGAGAGGACAGCGGGGCAGAUCACCAGCCCAACACCUGCACCUGGUCACUUUGCUUCUCCCACAGGAACCAUUUAAAGUCCCUGUUUCUUGAUCAUCUCUCCUGGUUUUUAGCAGCACAAACUUUUGGGGGAAAAAACCUUUCAGGAGCUCUGAUACCAUUCUCUCUCUUUCUUUUUUUUAUUGUUACGCAGAUGAAUACCUUUGGUGAAAAGCGACUGAUUCGGUAUUGUUGACUCUUUCCCCCCUCCUAUUAUCUAAGAGGAAUUACCAAACCUUUCGGAUUGUUUUAUUCCCUGCGCAGAUCUGAAGCUGAAAGACAUUUUUUUUUCUCUUCUCUUUCAUUUCGGACCAAAAGACGCACAACGCGCGUAAUGCCGCGGUAACAUCCCGCAAGUUUAGCCUCUUUCUGCGGAAAUCAAAGAGCAGGUGUGAAGAUUUGGACGUUAUUCUCUCCUGCCUAACUACACGCCUCGUCUGAGACGGCUGCAGGCCAAGCGUCUGAUCAGAGACAUCAGAGAGAAUUUAGAUCUCUGUGGGCUACCUGCAUGACUGUUACCAUGACAGCAUCUGGAGCCCAGCUCCUCCUGUUGGCCCUGUGUGUUUACAGAGGCUGGGGCGUGCAGCAGUCUGCACCGCGGGUUCGCCUCUCCUUCAAAGAGCUCAUGGACACGAAAGCUGCGCGACCCUUCAGUUUUUCCUUCAACACCAGUGACUACCGCAUCCUUCUCAUGGAUCAGGAUCAGGGCCGCCUGUACCUGGGCAGCCGGGAGUACCUGGUUGCUCUGGACAUGCAAAAUGUCAACAAGGAGCCGCUUAUAAUCCACUGGCCAGCCUCUGCCAAGAGAAAGGGUGAAUGCCAGAUGACAGGAAAGGGUAGACAGGGCGAAUGUGCCAACUUUGUGCGCUUGAUAGAGCCAUGGAACCGCACCCACCUCUACACCUGCGGCACAGGGGCGUACCAACCCAUCUGCACAUUCAUCAACCGAGGCUGGAGGGCAGAGGACUACCUGUUUAGGCUGGUUGCUGGUUAUAUGGAUUCAGGGAAGGGAAAAUGUUCCUAUGAUCCCAAACAAGAGAAUGUUGCACUCCUCAUCAAUGGUAACCUGUACGCAGGUGUACACAUUGACUUUAUGAGCACAGAUGCUGCUCUGUUUAGGACCAUGGGAGGGAGGACAGCUAUCCGGACGGAGCAGUAUGAUUCCAGGUGGCUCAACGAGCCGGUGUUUAUCCAGAUCCAGCAGAUCCCUGACAGUGCAGAAAGGAACGACGACAAACUUUACUUCUUUUUCCGGGAGAAGAGUCUAGACACCAGUGGUGGGGCGAGCCCCACGGUUUUAGCCCGGGUGGGGAGAGUGUGUCUGAAUGAUGAAGGAGGGCAGAAAUCCCUGGUGAACCGCUGGACAACGUUCCUGAAAGCCCGUCUUGUCUGCUCUGUGAUAGGAGACGAUGGAGUGGAGACAUCAUUUGAUGAACUGAGGGAUGUGUUCAUUCAACCAACACAAGAUGAAAGAAACCCCAUGGUGUACGCUCUGUUCGCCACAGCUGGCUCUGUGUUUAAGGGCUCAGCGGUCUGUGUUUACUCAAUGGCUGACAUCCGUAAUGUCUUCAACGGGCCAUUUGCACACAAGCAUGGCCACAACUACCAAUGGACAGAAUACACUGGCAAGAUUCCCUAUCCUCGGCCAGGAACAUGUCCAGGAGGAACCUUCACCCCAGGCAUCAGCUCAUCCAAGAACUUCUCUGAUGAAGCUGUCAAUUUCAUCCGAGCCCAUCCCCUCAUGUUUCAUUCAGUCUAUCCUAUCCAUCGACGCCCCCUGGUGGUGAAGACCAGUGUGGACUACCGGUACACAGCCCUUGUGGUUGACCAGGUGGACGCUGUCGACGGGCGCUAUGAGGUCCUAUUUUUAGGCACAGACCGAGGAACAGUGCAAAAAGUCAUUGUUUUGCCCAAGGACCCAACAACCAUGGAAGAACUGACUCUGGAGGAAGUUGAAGUGUUUCGGACCAGAGUUCCUGUUAAAACAAUGAAAAUAUCUUCAAAAAGACAACAGCUGUACGUGUCAUCGGAUGCGGGGCUGACGCAGGUUUCCCUGCACCGCUGCGGCGUCUAUGGCAGGGCUUGCUCUGACUGCUGCCUGGCCCGCGAUCCCUAUUGCGCUUGGGAUGGAGAGAGCUGCUCUGCCUUCACUCCGUCUACCAAAAGGAGGAGCAGAAGACAGGAUGUAAAGCAUGGAGAUCCGCUGAGGCAGUGCAGAGGCUUUAAUGCCAAAGUGGAGAAACGUCUGAGAGAGACAGUGCAGUUUGGGGUUCAGGGCAGCAGCACCUUCUUGGAGUGUCAGCCUCGCUCCCCUCAGGCCACCGUCAAGUGGCUCUUCCAGAGGGAGGGCAAAAGGAAAGUGCUGAAUCGUGCUGGAGGUGUUCUGAAAACCAACCAGGGUAUCCUCCUGAAGUCUCUCAACCAGUCGGACGCAGGUCUCUACCACUGCCUCGCCACAGAGAAUAACUUUAAGCACACUGUGGCACGUGUGGCUUUACGUAUCCUGGAUCGGGAUAUUGUUUUGGCGCUCACCGCUCAGGAUGAGGAUGACGAGCCUAAAACCCGCCAAGCAGGGCCUCAUCCUCAGUCCCCCGUCAUUUCAACGCCCUUCCCGCCUGAGAUCAGACUGAUUAACCAGUACUGCCAGUCCUACUGGGACCAAGUGGCCCCCAAGCAGCAGCAGCAGAGGAAGCGCACCAGCCGCAGGCACACAGAAAGCCAGGACCAAGGUCUGGGUUAG